AUGGGAUAUCGAAAAGUCGGUCUGUUCAUCCCGCCAACACUCCCAUGCCCUGCUUUUCCACAGGGAACAUCCCAUUCUGCCAUCUCUUCCCUUAACUCACCUACCGCAGUACGCAUGCGACAUUGCUUCAUCAUCUUUCUUCACAACUUACUCACUCCUCUCCUCUGCAGCAUGCGCCAUGCCCGCGUCUAUUUUAGGCGUCUAUCUUCCGCAAAUUACGACUCUGCAGGUGACCCUUUCCGGCGUACCACCGAUACUCAUUACCUAAGUACAGGCUACAGAUGCUAUCAACUCUCUGCGCGCCUCAUGUACAAUCCUGCCACAGGCGAGCAUUCUUGCUUCUUUCUACUGCUCCAGGGCUCUCUCUCAAGUUUCAAAACGAGCCACUGGCGCCCCGGCAGAUCUUCCACCUGA